AUUGACUACCGGAAGUACAAUGUAUAAUUUCGUCACCCUGACAGUUUGGUGUCCUACGCGCUGACGGAGCCGAAGUUCGCCGAGUUUUUCCGUGACUUCUUGAUGUCGCUGUUUAAAAUCAGCAGUUUCUGUCAGUAGCUGUUGAAACUUAUUCCUUGACAUUGUUCGUCGGGACCUUUCUGAGCUGUGGCGGAACUUUUCAUCUUUUACCGGCCGUUUUUUAACGGAACCAGUAGACGGAGACACUGAGUUCCCAGCGGCUAACGCUGCGUAGCAGUUAGCGUCGGCAGUGAAUUUUAACACUGAGCGGACAGGGAAGCUAACUUACCUCCCCGUUAUCUUAUUGUGACACAGCUGAAACCUUUAACGGCUCUUUGUUUUAUUAUUCGGCUUCUGUUUUGGGGAGCUUUUUGUCCAAAUUUACCGAAUCUCGGUGGCCAAAACUUUGAAACUUUCAAGCCAACUUCAACGAAAAUGGAGCCCGAGAGAAGCAGCUAACAGUUGGUUAGCGGGGGGAAGAACCCUGGGGGAAGUAGUAAAAGUGAAUUUUCUGCACUUUUAAAGCUCUCCCCGUAGCAGCCGAUUGAGCCAGCACGACUGUAGGCUUUCAAUUAAGUUUUCCUGAAGGUGAAGCAGUUGGCCAGAAUGCCCGGAGACUCCACCGUCAACUUUAAUCUUAUCCACCGGAUCUGUAAGCUGGUGGUGCUGCUGUGUUUCCUCCACAUCUCCGUCACUGUCGUCUUUUACGUUCGCUCUAUGGACAUGCGGUUCACCUUCGUCCAGAACCAGCAGUCCCAAACUAAUGUCACAAACCUAAACCAGCUCAGAAACACCGGGCUCAGUUCCAGAGGUGAGCCAAAGGCGGCCGAGACCAAAGAAGACGUACCCGCGGAGGUCCAGCAGGAGCACGAGCCGAGAGACGAGCCGAAGUCCCUGGAGCGUCAGCCGGAGGAGAGGGAGGCAAAGGAGCCGGUGAAGAAGCUGGAGAAAUGCCCUGAACCAUCACCUCUGCUGGUCGGUCCUCUGCGGGUGGAGUUUAAGACUCCGGUGAAUUUGGAACAGCUAAAGAAGGACAACCCUGACCUGCAGCCGGGCGGACGGUUCAAACCCAAAGAUUGUGAGGCACUGCAGAAAGUCGCCAUCAUCAUCCCAUUCCGCAAACGGGAGGAACACCUGAGGUACUGGCUGUACUACCUGCACCCCAUCCUGCAGAGGCAGCAGCUUGACUACGGAGUCUACGUCAUCAACCAGGAAGGAGAUGAGGUCUUUAACCGGGCCAAGCUGCUGAACGUGGGCUACGUGGAAGCUCUGAAAGAGUACGACUACGAGUGCUUUGUCUUCAGUGAUGUGGACCUGAUCCCCAUGGAUGACCGCAACACCUACAAGUGUUUCAGUCAGCCUCGACACCUGUCUGUGUCCAUGGACAAGUUCGGCUUCAGGCUACCUUAUAACCAGUAUUUUGGGGGAGUUUCCUCGUUGAGUAAAGAACAAUAUCUGAAGAUCAACGGCUUCCCCAACAACUACUGGGGCUGGGGAGGAGAGGAUGACGACAUCUACAACAGGUUGGCCUCUAAAGGCAUGUACAUCUCCAGACCGAGCAGCGAGGUGGGAAAAUGUCGGAUGAUCCGACACGAGAGAGACAAACAGAACGACCCAAACCCUCAGAGAUUCGACCGCAUCGCUCACACCAGAGAGACGAUGUACAAAGACGGGAUCAGCUCUCUGUCCUACAAAGUGGUGAAAAAAGACAAGUUUGACCUGUUCACUGAAAUCACAGUGGACGUGGGGAAACCCUGACGAGGAGCAGCCGAGGUCAGGUGACUGGAGGAGGAAACUGAUGCAGUACAAACCAAACGCUGCCUCUGACACUUGAAUCUUUCAGCUCUGGUCUGGAUGAUCAGACGUGCUGGACUCUCAGCUGUUCCUGCUGUUUUCUUUGAUUGUAAUUGUUUUUGCACAGAUCGACUGAAGGUUUGUGUUGUUGUUUUCUCUGCGGGGCCUCGAGGAUUCAUCUCUGAUUGGACACUGACUAUAACCAAUCGGCUGCCUCCGUCUGUCGGUCGUGUGCUGCUGCUGCAGCACGUCCUGAAUGAGCCUUUUAUUAUCAGACAAUCAGAGCAGCAACGAUUGGGGCUGCUGGGUCACAUGGUCAACGAUUUUACUGGUGGGGGAUUAUGGGUAUUGUGCACGGUGAGUUUAGAUCUGGUCUGAUCCUGGUUCUGUUUAGUGAUCUGGAUUCUGUUGACCUGGUUCUGGCUCAAAAAAAACAAAGUGUUUGUGUGAAAGUUGGUCCACUUACUAGCUUUUUUCCCAGAGCUUUCGACCAUAUCUCACAGUCUUGUUGAGUGACUGGUACUGGGUCAGGUCCGCCCAGAGUCCUGUAUGUGUUAUAGGUGAUCUCUGGUGUUGUGAAUCCUGCUCGGUGACUCUGAUCCCUUAUCAACUCAAUUACAACUGAACAAACUCCAUUCUCUGGAGAUGGCUGGGUGAAAUGAUCAAAAGCUCAGACAAAACCUAAUAAGUGGACCUUGAGUUCAGAUAUUUAUAUUGUAGUCUUGUUUAUUGAUUCUGGUUCUUACUGAAUCCUCCUCGUCUGAUUAUUUAACUAUAGAUUAGAGCACGGAAGUUUAUGGUCCACUAACUAGCCUUUUCUGGAGCUUUCAACCAUAUCUCAAUGACUUUCUUCAAUGAAUGGAACUGGACAGAGGCCCGUCUGGUCUCUGGUGUCUGGCGUGAAAACUGAGCAAACUCCACCUGCAGAUGAAAACUGCGAGGGGAGUUUAAAAGCUAAUAAGUGGACUUUGAGUCAAACCAGAACAAUCGAAUUUCAGCCCGUCAGGCUUGACUGUCGGUUUCUCACAUCUGCACUGAGACAGAUCUGAUCUGGGCAGGACUGGUGAAGUGACUCAGUGUGAACAGGGUCAGAGAGACUUUACAGAUGCAGCGCUGACGAGUUAAAUCGUCAGUUUAGAGACACAGCUUUGGUGUGAGGAGGAGACGGGACGGGACGGGUCGGGACGGGUCGGGUCAGUGCUGGUCGAUGGGAGGAGGCAGAGGAGACAAGGACUUGGCACAGCUCGGCCCGGUUAAAGUGGGCUAAAUCGUCCCUGUGGAAGAAGAGACAUUACCCUGCAGUGAUCCGGUUUACUGAGUCACUGCAGCGUAAUGAGACUACGACCGUGUGGAGUCGUCCAUCGGCUGCGAUGACGACUGAAGCUUCCUUCACCAACUCAUCAACAGAUCCUGAGUGAAAAUGUUGGUUCUGUUGCAUGUUUUUGUUACAGAGUGAAAAUCAGCUGGUACCUGAUGUUUUUAAAAGUCUCUCAUUUUAAUGUUUUAUGAGUCGCUAGCAGCGAAACGGAACUUCAAACCAGACAUGUUGUCAUCUGGUCAUUUAAACUUCACUUUACAGAAACGGAUCAAGGGUCAGAAACUGCUUUAUUCAUGAGUCUGUGGAACCAUUGUCACCUCAGAACCAGAUCUAAACACCCGGUCUGAUAGUGUGUAUAUAUAUGUGUGUGUGUUUGUGUGUGUUUGAGUUUGAGGUGGAUGAUGUUGACUCUAAAAGUUAUUGAUAAUCAGGUUGUGAUCGGUGAUAAAUGUUUCUGUGGUCGACUUUUUCUUUUUUCACAACAAUCCCAAAGUUCAUGUUAAUUAAACCAGUUUAAUUUGUUUCUAACAUUAAAAACUGAAACCGGAUCAGCUCGAAACCAAAAUAUAACCAGAGUACAAAAAGCAAGAAUCUGUUAAAGGCUGUGAUUCCGAUUAUUUCCAUUAUUCAUUAAUCUGCUGAAAAUAUCCUCAAAGAAUUAAUUAACAAUUGAGUGAAAGGUGCUCAUUAUUUCCCAAAAGCCCAGAUGAGUCCAAAACCCAAAACAAUUAAUCGAUCGUGGAAAUAGUUGCGGAUUCGAUUUCAGUUGAUUGAUGAAUCGUUGCAGCUCUAAAUCUAUUUUUGAUUUGAUUUGAUUGAUUGUACCUCUAAGUGUCCUUAUUAGAGCUGUUGGUACCAAAGAAUUGAUUUAACAUGAAUGUGAUCAUCUGACAGCUGUGUAUGUUCGUCUCAUUAUUGAUGACAGAUAUUGAUCCAGUCUGGUCAAAGCAAACAAAACAUCCGCCAUUCUUUUCAUUAAACAGUCAGCCCGUGUGUGUGUGUGUGUGUGUUACUACGAUGCUGUUGUUUUCUAUCUUGAAUGUAUGGAGGUAAAUCUUUAUUUGUUAUCGACAGGUUUGUUUGUUUGCAGACCAGAAGUCUUGAUUCUUUUGUUAAUAAGUGAAUAAAUCACCUUUACAUGUGCCUUAAAAUAAGCCCAGUCUAACUGGUGGAGGGAACCAGUCUGUGUAGAUGCUGAAAUGUGAGGAGGUGGCGCGAACUCUGUGUGUUUUUGAUUUUUCCAGAUGUCGUUUGCUGGGCUUCAGUACAUUAAAAUCCACUUUUGUUGGUUUCUGGAUGAUG